CAAAAUCGGGAGAUCUGUACCAGCCACAGAUAUGUAUAAUAAACUUAUUAUUAUUAUUAUAUAUUUAUUAUACAUAUCUGUGGUACCAGCCCCAUUCCGUAGCACGUGUACCUCCUUAUCGCCGAUCGUGAUUUCGUGUUAAUUAUGUUUGGUGAUGGGAUUCAUGCUAUAUAAAUAUAUAUUCUUUUGUCACGGGCGCUGCUAAUUACCGUGUUGCGAUCGCAUUUCGACUAUCGUCUGUACUAUAUUACACAUGAUAUAAUAAACUAGUAUUAUUUUACCAUCAUAAUAGGCACCUGUCGCGAAGUGCAUUUUCUGUACGUGUGUCCAACGACUUAUCUGCCGGUACGAUGUUAGAAGAGGACGUAAGAACCAUCACCAUCCACAUGGAUUCAUUAAACGAACAUCCAUAUUGCUCUCACGGUCCAACACUGUUGUUUUCUCGAGGAAUUGACAACAAAAAGUUUUAUGCUUGUUCAGCUCAUAGAGAAAGAAAGAAAUGUUCUUUCUUUGUAUGGGAAAAUCAACUUGAAAGUAUUGGACAAAAAUACUUGGAUCAAUAUGAAAGAAAUCCCAUUGUUACAAAAAUGACAAGAUUUAAAUUAGAGUCCAGAUUUAAUGAAUUGAAAAAACUGAAUCCAGAAGAAAGAUGUUACUGUCAGAACUGUGGUAAAUUAUUUUCUAAGACACAAAAGGAUUUGCAUAUAGAUCAUAGUGAAAUGCUAAUUGAAAAUAUUGAUGACUUUAAACUGUCUCACCCUUCACAGUUAUUCAGACCUCUUCAAGAAUCAAAAAGUGAAUCUCAGUAUUUUUUUACUGAAAAUACCAUUGAAAUGUUAACCAAAAUGUUUCACUGUGUUGGUACAACUAAUGUUAUUUGUAUCGGUGCUCCGACUAUACAUGAAAGAAUAUUACAUAGCAUACCUUCAAUAAGUAGUAUUUUACUUGAUAUUGAUCACAGAUAUUUACAAUUUUAUGAGUGUGACCAUUUUAGAUGGUUCAAUAUGUACAACUGUCAUGUGCUGGAAGAAUGUGACUCUGAUCUUGUGUUGGAAAAUAUUUUGACUCAAACAGAUUCUACAGCUGUUUUUAUUGAUCCUCCGUUCGGUGGCAGACUCGAACCAUUGGCUUAUACAUUAAACAAAUUUGAUCAAAUUAGAAAAAAACACAACAAAAGCCUGUUAUCAAAAUUUUUGGUAUUGCCUUAUUUCAUGGAACGUUUUGUCAUCAAAUGUAUACCUGGAAUGUCAAUGCUGGAUUAUAAAAUUGACUAUAUAAAUCAUAAAAAAUUUAAUAGUACUGGCAGAAAUAAAGGGUCGCCAAUUAGAAUAUUCACUAAUGUUGAUCAGUGUAAAAUAUCAUUACCAGUAGAAGAAAAUUAUAAAUAUUGCGAUGAAUGUAACCGGUGGGUUUGCUCUGAUAAUGAACACUGUUACAAGUGCAAUAGUUGUACGUCAAAGAAUGGUCGCAAGUACAUACACUGUAAUUUAUGUAAGAGGUGUGUAAAGCGAACGUGGAAACAUUGCAAGAAGUGUAACAAAUGCUGUUUAUUAGAUCAUAGAUGUAAUAGAUCACUAAAUAGGAUUGAAGAACAAAUGGAAAAAUAAAUCAUCAUCUUCGAC